UUUUUAACCAUUUUUAAGGAUAAUUAAAUCGCUUCGUUCUGAAAACAACGCACUUACGCACACCCACACUUACGCGGUCGCACGCACAAGUUUAGGUGUGGAAACAAGUGAAAUAGGGCUGGGAGCACAAACUGAGAUAUGUUUCUUGCUAAAUAUUGGAUUAAGCUAAAAUAAAAAGCAAAAUAAUAACAACAACAACAAUCAAUCGAAUAUGCGCGUGUGACAAAGAGGGUGCGAGUGACGAAAGAAAGAGGGGGACAAGAACAGCAAACACCACACACACACACCUACACGCUGACGUCGACGCGCUGUCUGUUCAGUGGAGCAGUGUUGCCAGCCCACAAGAGAUCUGCCCGAAAAUCCCAAUUAAAUUAUUAAUGUAUUUAAAUCAGAGUUGAAGAAAUUGGUGCAGAGCUUUUAAUUUGCAAACUCCUUUUUCCCAAUUCGGCUUAUUGGCAUUGGGGCUAUUCUGCUGAGUUGGCAACACUGGCCCCCAGAGAAUAAGAGAGAGCAAGCGCGAGAGAGAGCGUCACAUGCUGGGGCGCUCAUUUCAGUUUUCCUCAAUGAACACUUUUCACGGUUUUCGAUUCGUUGGUUCGCGUUUUCCACAGUCGUGCGUUGUUUGCUCGUGAAAAAGUUGUAAAGCCCAGCCAACUACAAGUAUAUAAUAAAGCCAACUUUUAUUCGCAGUGCAUGUGCAGCGCGGGAGAGCGACACCCAGCCCAGUGAGCUGUUAAAUAAUUUGUAAAGUGUUUGUGUUUUUAACGUGUACAGCCGAAAAUUCUUUGCCUUUUGCAUAACAAAAACAAACUGAGCAAAUAAGUGUUGAAAAAGCCAUACUACACAUAGACACACACACGCAGAGAGAGAGAAAAGGACGCCUACGUCAAUAAGCGAAAAACGAAAGGAUGUUGCUGAUGUCACCGCCGUUGCAGUAGCAACACCAGCCGAAGGAAAACAAAAAAGACCCACUCCUCCUCCCCCGAUAACAAGCCACACACAUGUUGCUGCCACAACUAAGAUGCUCAGCGCUGCCAAUGCAACUGCAACAGCAACACAUGCAGGAGCAGCAGCCGCGAUUGCCGCAGCCGAGACUUAUGUCAUAACAAACAAACAGCAGCAACAUCAGCAGCAGCAGCAACAAGUCUUUGUUGUUGCCGCCAACAAAAUGGUGAUACCAGCAACGGGAGCAACAAUCGCCGGUAUACCAACAGCAACAACAACAGCCGCUGUCGAGUCAACAGCAACACAGCAGCAUCAGCAGCAACACCAGCAACAUGUGCUGUUCCAGCCGCACCUACAGACAACAACAGCAGCAACCAGCACACCUCAGCAACAGCAGCAGCAGCAACCACCUCAGCCGCGGCAACAUCCCAAGAAGCGAAAGUUCGAUCCAGCCGAGCUGGACAAGACCGAGCAGCAUCCCCAGCAGCAGCAGCAGCAUCCACAGCAACAGCAGCAACUGAGUGUGCAGAAGCUGCAGAAACCCGCCGAUACCAAUGGCAAUAGCGAUGGACUGGCCAACGGCAAUCAGCUUCAUCGCAUGAUCGUGAGUUGCGGUGCAGGCACCGGCAACAACAGUAGCAACAGCAGCAGUAACAGCAGUAGCAGUGAUAUCAAGCAGCAGCAACGUAUUAUCAUUGCAUCUCCGCUGCAACAUGGCAGCGGUAGUACUUACAAGCAACAUGUAUCCAGCGGCAACAAUAGUCACGCAGCCACAAUUAUUCAUCAACAACGCACACACACGCCCACAACCGCCGUCUACUACCAACAACAACAACAGCAGCAGCAGCAACAACAACAACAACAACGUUUUAGCUUUAAUUCAAACAAUCAGCAACAUGUACAGGAACAACAGCAGCACCUGCAACAACAACAACAACAGCAGCAGCAGCAGCCGCAAUCCCUGCUCGAUCUCAGCGAGUGGAACAACACGCGUGUCCUAGCCAAAAUCCACAAUCACUAUGCCCCCGGGAUAAUACGCCAAGUGCAGGAGGCGUCUCCCGACUCAAUACUCGUGGAAUUUGAUUCCACCGAAUUGGGAUUGCUGUUAUAUCAGGAUGUUUUGCACCAGGGCCGCAACCAUGUGAUACUCGAUGCCAGCCCGCCCAUGGCGGAUAUUACGCUGGAUGCCCGUGUUUGUGUGCGACAACGGUUGGAGGGUCGUGGCUCCGGCAGCUUCGUCUACGUGGAAGGCGUCAUCACGGACAUCAACCAGGCCACGAAACAAUAUAGCGUGCAACUGAUCGGCGAUGAAUUGGCUAACAACAAAGUCGUACGUCGCGCCGAUCUGCGUCUCCUGCAGCCGCCGUGGUGGGAUGAGCUUAACGAACUGACACCCACGGGUGUAGCAACUGCCCCAGCAUCCAGCGGCAAGCGGAAAGUGUCAGCGGGGGGAGCAGGGUCGGCAGCAGGCGAAGCGAUGACCGUGCCCAGUGGCAAUAUCGUUUACCCAAAGGCGGCCACCGGCACGCCAUUGACUUUCGUGGCCACCCGCUACGACGGCAAGCUGCCCACGGCACCGCCCACGUCUACACCCCAACAGUCGCAGCAGCAUCUUGUCAAACAAGAAGAGUAUUAUCGGACGACGGCCACGUCGCCGUUCCCAACGCGACCUCCAUUCGCCGGUCCUACCCACGGAUCGGAGCAAGUGGCUCAGUCGCAUCCCCAGCAGACCAACGGCCUGCCGGACAUCGUGAUCUCCCCGGGCAGCAAUGGGCAGCACCCCAAGAUGCAACAGCAGCAGCAGCAACAGCAACAGUCGUCGCGGGGCUACGACGACUACGACUCGGACGACGAACUCAAGCGGGUCGGCAUCGGAUACUCGCCAGCCGCCGGUGAGCUGGACACGGAGAAGAUGAGUGCCUGCAGCAAGAGGAGCAGCAUGCAGAGCCGCGGCAGCACGUCCAGUCUACUCGACCAGAGGCUCACUCCACGAUCUCAUCCAGCAACACCAAGUGCCAUCCACAGAUCUCAGGCCACCACGCCGCACCGCUUCAAGAAGGGAGACAUCGUGGAGUCGGAGUCCGGCGUGCGCAAGAAGUACAACGGGAAGCAGUGGCGCCGCCUGUGCAUGCUCUGCACCAAGGAAUCUCAGCGGCGCGGCUACUGCUCGCGGCACCUCAACCAGAAGGGCAAUAACAGCGCCCUGCCCUCGUCGACGGGCCCAGGACGUCUGCUCAGUGACAGCCGAUCAAGCAGCAAGACGCAGAUCGAUGAGGACACCUCUCGCGACUCGGAGACGUCGCCCAACUAUCGGGUCAAAGGCCGCUACGAUCAGGAGGAGACCGAUGCGGCCGUCAUGCUGGUAUCCCUAAGCAGCUCUCGAUCUGCCACGCCCUCGUACACCUCACCUGUGAACCACGCCGGAGCAUCACCGCUAAAUGCCAUCGCCCAUUCGCCGGUAAAUGUGUCCGCCAGUCACAGGCAGAACUUUUUUACGCCCAUCGCCAACCAGUCGCAGCAACAACAGCAACAGCAGCAGCAACCUGUUGCCGUACCGCUCGACUCUAAGUGGAAAGCAACACCCAGUCCGGUGCUCUACAAUGCCAACAACAACAAUAAUAACAACAAUGGCUGGGAAGCUAGCAGCAGCCAGAGCAACAGCAACAAUACUCAUGUUGCAGCUACGACAGCAACAUCGAUUGCUAGCACUCAACCACUGCCGCCGCAAACGACGCCCGUUUCGCUGGUGAUGCAUGCCCCACCGCCGCAGCAGCAGCACCACCAACCUCCGCCGCCGCCACCUGCCAGUUUGCCAGCGCCAGCGGCACCACCCACCAGCGGUAGCAGCAAUAACAACAACAGCGUAGGCCAUGCCACCAGCGUUAUUCGCAUCUCCAGCAGCCAGCAGCACCAGCACCAGCACCAUCCACAUGUGGUGGUAUCCGGUGGUCAGACCUUUCACCCUGUGAUUGUGGACGCCACUCAGCUGACGGUGCCCCUGCCCCCCACUACGGUUUCAUUUCAUCAACCUAACACGCCCACCACAACAGCGGCAACAGUGGCGUCCUUGGGUCAGGAUAAGAUGCUGCCAAAAAACGGCUACAAUGCGCCCUGGUACAAACUGCUGCCGCAUAUGACGCCCAUGAGCAAGGCACCGCCAGCUCCGGCCACCCCAACCUUGACCACUUCGGGCAGCAACUACAGUGUAGUGAUGAUGCAGCAGCAGCAACACCAGCAGCAUCAACAACAGCAACAUCUACAGCAGCAACAGCCGCCGCCGCAAAUGCCGCUAAACCACAACAACAACCAUUUGAUUGUGCCAGCACCACACUGUUCGCCGGGCAAACCGCUCAACUGCUCCAUGAAUGAUGCCAAGGCAGCGGCAGCAGCAGCGGCUGCAGUGGCCAGCCAGAGGCAGCAACAGCAGCAGCAGCAGGAGGAGCCUGACGACCAGCUGGACGAUGAUGUAUUCGAGGCCACUACACCUGGGAUCAGUGGCAGCAGCAAGAAGCAAACGGCGGCCAUGCGAUUGGCCACCCACAACAGUAACAUACGCAAGCUGGAGGAGUGUCAUGAUGCCAGCGAUGGAGCAGCAGGUGCUCCAGCUACUUCGGCUGCCAAGCGGAGAAGUCAAUCGUUGAGCGCACUGCAACAACAGCAGCAGCUGCAGCAGCAACAAGCUGGAGCGGCCGGAGCAGCGGCUGGGCAGCCGCCAAACAAGAAGAUUCGGCGACCCAUGAAUGCCUUCAUGAUCUUCUCAAAGAAGCACCGCAAGAUGGUGCAUAAGAAGCAUCCGAAUCAGGACAACCGCACAGUUAGCAAGAUCCUGGGCGAGUGGUGGUACGCCCUGAAGCCAGAGCAGAAGGCGCAAUACCACGAGCUAGCCAGCUCCGUGAAGGAUGCGCACUUUAAGUUGCAUCCGGAGUGGAAGUGGUGUUCCAAGGAUCGCCGAAAGUCAUCCACAUCGACGGCCACUCCUGGUGGCAAGGCGGGCGGAGCCCCCGGAGUGGGUGACGGCAAGCAGCGCCUGGUUUCAGUUGAUGGCUCCGAUUCCCUGGAGCACGAUAUGUGCCCCUCGACGCCAGGAGGCAGCGGCAGCUGUGGUGGCCAGGGCAUGUCCUCUGAUCUCCAGGGUGACAUUAUACCCUUGACGAUCGACAAUUACAAUAGCACCUGCGAUGAGGCGCCAACCACGAUCUCGAUGAAGGGCAGCGGCCACGGGAAGCUGAUGAAGAACGAGUUGCCCUCCGACGAGGAUGAGCAGAUGCUGGUGGUGGAGGAGGAGCAACCGCAGCAGCCGGUAAAGAAGCUGGAUCUGCACUGUCGCGAGCGGGUAAAUGACUCAGACAUGGACGACGCACCCUUUGACUUCCGCAAGCAGCAACCAGAAGCGAAUCAGCGUUCGGCGGAGGAGCUCAAUACGCCCGGUGCCAAUGGCCAGGCCAUGACCGCACCGCCGCUCAGUGGAGGAGAACGCGAGAUUACAGUCAAACCGAAAGCCAUUAAGGCCCAUUCGGUGCUGGAGAGCAACAUGCUGUCAUAUACCCAGAUGUCCAACUACACGCAGUACACUAGUCCCAAGAAUCCAAUCGGUGUAACACCAUUCCAACCCACAGGCGGCGCCUUCAAGUCGAUGCCCAUUAGCCCAAAGGGCAGCGGGUGCAAGCCGGAGGACGCUGCUUCCCUGCAGCCACAUAUCAAGCAGGAGGACAUUAAGCAGGAGCCGCCAUCGCCCUACAAGCUAAACGGUGGUUCAGGAUCCCUUGCCGGAGGGGGCGUGGUCAGUGCUCCGCCACCCAGCAGCGGCAGUGUCGGUGCCAUCUUCAACUUCAAUGUGCCAACGGCGACGGCUUUGAGUCAGAAGCAGUUUCACUACCCCAUGCAUCAUCCGCAUCGCAGUCCCACGGAUCUGAGAGCUGCCCACCAAGCGUGUGUGCCAUCGUCGCCGGCGGGCAUGGGACUGGGACAUGCGGCCAGCAUUGCAACGCCUCCGGCAUCAGCGCCCGCCCAGAUCAUGGGAGGUGGGCCAGGGCAAGGCCAGAAGAUGUUGUUCGCCAUGAGCAAUCCGUACCCUCUGCUGCAGCGUUCUCACCAGCCAGGUACGCCCAGUCUGGAGCACUUGCAGUUGGACGCCUUCGCGCCAGGAAGUUACAUCUUCAAGAACCACAACGGUCUGUCCUCGCUGCCGCCGCCCGUCAGUGCGCAGCCCACGAUGCUGCUGCACGGAUACACACCAAGCCACAGUGCCGAACCGCCGGCCAGUUCGCCGUCGUACAAGUCGAUGCCCUCCACUCCCAAGUCGGCCACAUAUCUCAUGAGUGCGCCGCCGGAACGGAGCAUGGAGGGGGGCAUGGGUGGCUGUGCAUCUGCAGCGGCGAGUGGAGGCAAUGAGAACGACAUGGAAGCCGAUGGACAGCAGUUUAUUCUGGCACCAACGCCGGCCCAGCUGGGACGAGCCCCACUUCAGCGCCGCAAGAAUCUAUCUCAAAGCAAGUCGGAAAACAAUGUGUCCUUUGGAGCUAAUCUGGGGGCCAGUAAUGGGCAGCACAUCAGCCGCAAGUUACACUCGCCCACAAUGAUGGAUGCCUCUUCGCCGAUCAUUGGCCAUGUGAACAGCAGCAGUCUCAGCUCGGCCCUGCCCACGCCCACGUCCUCAACCACUACGCCCAACAGCGAUGAGCAACCGCCCCUGACGCCGACCACCAGCAGCAGCAACAGCGCCAUCAACCAGCCGCCCAAGUCUCCGAUGAAGGGAGCUCCGGGAUCAGCGGCAGCGGCCCUCAAAAAGAAAAAUGAUGAGAUGAAUAACAGUGUGCUCAAGCAGGUGGACUUUGAGAAGAAGUACAAGGCUCUGCCGCAAUUUCAGCCGGAGGACUGUCAGUCGCCAAGUGCCAUCGCUGUGCCCUCCUCGCCACGCGUCUAUGGCACGAACUACCGGAAAAAGAACACGGCUCCGCCGUCAGUGCAGAAGCUAAUGUGCGAGGACGAUUCGAUUGAGGAGCCAGCCUCGGCACCGCCCACAACCACUCAGCGUUUCUUUGGUCCCGACUUUACCAACGAGCUAAAGGACGACCGCUUUAUCGAACUGGAGAGCUCUGACCAAACGGGCCGCUCGCCCAGAACACCAAAGACACCGCUCCAGAGCGCUCGGUCCGAUGCCAGCGAGAAGGGGCACCGCAAGGUGCUGGAGACACGUCGCCACCUGGUCAUGCAGCUGUUUGCCGAGCACGGUAACUUCCCCACUACCCAGGCCACCAUUGCCUUUCAGACCAAGCACAUCGAUGUCUUUCCGCGCAAACAAGAUCUGCAGCUAAAGAUACGCGAGGUGCGCCAGAAGUUGCUGGGCCAGGCAUCCUGCACUCCGCACUCGGCAGGUCCCAACACACCGUCCGACUCCAACUCGUCGUCGACCACGUUGAGUGCAAAUAGCACCGGCUUGAAUGUGCAGGCCACCAAUGCAGCAGAUGUUUUUCAAUAUUAAUAAACGACAGGUGGACACCAAUAACAGCACUCUGAACAGUAGCCGCAUUCCGUCUGCAAUGCCACUGAAUCAGAUGCCGAGUACAAGUACAAGUAAAGUGGAUGUGGUCGAGGACUUCGACGGGAACAGGACCAGACAACAGAUUGUUUGCUGCAUGUGACAAAAUUACUUAAGGAUAGUAAACGAAUCGACAGCAACAACAAUUGCAGCAGCGCACACUCAAAAAAUGAAAAAGAGAUACAAAACAAGCUCACACUUUGCUACAGCUCAUGCAUGAAAUGCAUGGUUUACUAGUUUUUAUUAUAAACUGCAAGUAGUGAGAGAAGUUACACAAAGAAAAUAGAAAAUAUUACAAAUUUUUAAUUACAAUAGGCAUACAAAAUAUGUACAAGCAACGUAAUUUGAGAGUGGAGAUGAGAAACUUAUUACGAAUGAAUUUAUUAAGCAGCUUAAUAAAUCAGGAGCAACCCACACAGAGAAGAGGUAGAAAUUUUGAUGAAAAUUUGAACUUUUGAAGCACAUAUGAAGUACAUACAUAAUGAAAGCAUUGUAUAAUCCCGGCGUAACGGCUUAGGUUUUAAUUUACAGGCGAAACUGCAACUAACAAAUUGGAAGAGCUAAGAGAAAAUUACGGAAAUAGCGGUUAAGCUUUAACAUAAAUUGCACAUUAAUUUUGAAGUGUAUUAAGCACAAGCAAAGAAUUGUAUAAAUCAAACAGCAAGAAACUUGAAAUGAACACUGUAGUUGUAUUGUAUAUUUAGUCGUAAAAUUUUUAAACGAGAACAAAUCCCUACAAAACACCCGCAUUAACACCCACUUUCACACAUCUAAAUGCUUUUAAACUGUUUGCUUUUGUUCUCAAAGUUUAUGCGAAAACAAAUCGUUUUAAAUUGUAUGUACAUUUCCUUUAAUUGGCUUUUUACACUGUUGUCUAAUUGAAUUAUAAUUUAUAUAUAGUUUUUUAUUAUUAUUACUUUAGCAUAGCCUGUUUUUAAAUUGUACACACACCGAAAAAUAAACUACAAAAAAGAAAAUAAUUGAAAGAAAUUUAUUACAGACGAUUGAAAGAAAACAAAAAAAAAAGAGAGAGAAUGAGAGAACUAACUGUCUUCCACUGUUGCUGCAAUAUACUAUUUAAUAUUGUUUAUCAUUUCGGUUGAAAUACAUUUAGUUGUAAAUUAAUGUUUUAAGUAUGUGACUGCAUUUUAUUCAUAUGCAAAAUAAUAUUCUUUGUGAAUUGUUUCAUUUUUAAUGUUGUCGCUGAUUUAUGUUUUUAAUUAUGUGGCUUUUUAAACUUAAAUAAUUUGUCAAAUCUUUCUUCCCCAAUGUCAGUCACAGUUCUUAUCUAUAAUUAACGUGUUUCCCUCAAGAAGCAACAGUUGCAAACAAUUCGCAAAAUUAAAGAAAACUCUUACAGAUAUACACUCAAUAUAAAAAAAUAAGCUAGUGACGCAAAAAAAAAUAUAGUAACAAUAUUCACAUUAUAGGUAUUACAAUAAUUUUAAAUACGCAAUAAUUAAAAUCAUCAAAUAUUCAACAUGUGAAUUUAAUUGAAUGCUGCUUCCAUUUAGUUCCAUUCUUGCUGGACGCUGCAAUUAUAGAAAUUAACAAGAACAAUAAAAUAAAAAAUCAACAAAUUUUAAAAAUUUAAAAUCAACUCACGUAGUCGUUUAUAAUUUUGUUUAGUUUUGUGUUUAAUAAUAUUUUAAUUAUACUUUCUUUAUGACGAUAAGUUAUAGUUAGCUAAUAGUUAUUUGUAUUAUUUAGUGAACAAACGAAAUUUUAUAUGAUAAAAAGCAAAAGAGCGUGUAAACUGUAGCGUGUUAAUGUUAAAAAAUACGAAUAAAACAAAAAUAAAACCAAGUUUUUAAGCAAAUUCGAACCAAUGUGUGAACUUAAUUGUAGAAGGAACACAUAAAUUUCCUAUUUAUUUUCCCCACCUCCCGAACUUUUCCCCUUAGCAAGCAAACUUGUGCCAAUGACAAAGCUUAACUAACAUAACUCACUUAUCGAACCCUUAAUGAAGCUAAGUAAAACAUGUUUGUCAAUUAGGUCAAGUGAAGACAUAACACUAAUUUUCUGACCUACACGGAGUUCGAAAACUUUAAACUGAUACAACAAAGAACAUUUUUGGACACCAACAUUUCGGACUCAAAAAAUAAAACACAAAAAAGGAAAAAUAACAGGAAAUACUAAACAAACUUUUGGCAAUUACUAAAAUGAGAACAAAAAGGAAACAAUCUCAGUCAGAAAACACACAACAAAAAACGGCGUUUCGGAUACAAAAUUCUAAAAUUCAGGUAUUACAAGCAAAACAAAAAUACAGAUAGUGUUGUAUAAUGUUAAAAACAA